AUGUUCCUGAACUUUGGGAAAGUGAGCAAAACUAACGCAAACCGCGGGGACUGGCUAACCGAGGCAGUGGAACUCAACGCUAAAGGAGGCAGAGAUGAUCGCAACUAUCUAUGGGUGUCACUGAAAAUGCGGUCCGAAAACCCGUUUUUGUCCCUGGUCCUGCCCAGUAUACUGAUCAUUGUGGCUGAUGUGGUGAGCUUCACCCUGCCGCUGGGAGGGGGCGAGCGUAUCUCAUUCAAGGUUACACUGGUUCUCAGCUUCAUCAUGUUCCUCAUCAUCCUCAACGACCUACUGCCUGGAGGAGGCCAGUGCAGCCCCAUCAUCCGAAAGCACUUCUGUUUCUGUUUGGUCAUCCUGGUGUUGAGCACGUUGCAGUCUAUGGUGCUCACACGUCUGGCUAAGUGUGGUACUCUCUGGCCCUGCAGCCUCUCCAAGUCCAAAGACUCACUGCUUAAAGACACAGACAAUGAAGAGGGUAAACUUUUUCAUUCUUCUGUCAUCUCAGUUAUCCACAGAGCAAAAUAUAUUUUCAUGGUUUCCAAAGACAUUAACAAAACAUCCUUAUACAACCAUGUAUAACCUGACCAUGAUGUGAUAAUGACAUUAUUGUAACCAGUUUCACUGGGUACCCCAUAAAUUACUUUCAUCACCAUAAACUAGUCAAGUUGUAUUUUGAUGCACAACCUUUUAA